GGCGGAGGUGAGCGGGGAAAGCGGGCUGGGGCGCCGGGGUUCGGCCGGCUCCCCGCGGGACGCCGCCGGCGGCAGGCCCCCCACGGCCGCCUCGACAUCCCCGUAAGGCUUCCUUUGGGAGUUCGAGCCCAGGUUCGUCCUCGUCCAUCUCCUGCUCCGGCACCUGGCCUGCCGCCCGCACACCGCUCUGUCUUUCCUGCUCCCUCCCAAAUUUAUCCCCUCGUAGCUUUCCUACGGCAAUUAGCCACCUGCCAGAUUUUUAAGAGAAGGAUGUGCGUUGUGGAGUCCUUUCUUUAUCUCUGGUUGCACUUAGUAAUUGGCUGCUUGGAACCCAAAAUGAAAACAAAGUUCUGUGGCACUUUUAAGUGAGCAUCUUAAUAAAGCCACGUAGCUGGGAGAGAGACUGCAUCUCUUUGUACUGAAAACUACAGGCUUGUGUAAAUUUUUGACUUACUUGUAAUAACAGUAAAUGUUGAAAAUCAUAAUGAUAAGUAAUGUUUAAGGCUUUAACUUCUGUUAAAGUUUUGUGGAAUAUGUUGCACAAGCAAGCAUAAUUAGCAUCAACAGAGCUACUCUCUAAGAAGUAAUUGGGGAAUGUAUUUACUUCUGUGUAACUGCCUUAUACAUUGGCUGUUUGUCAUCUCUUUUAACUACUCGCGUGAAAUUUAUUGAGCUUGUAUUUUUUAAUAUGGUUUUAAAUACUUUAAGUGUGAUAGAAUUUGGAGCUACUAAAGCGUGACUUUUUAAAUCUAAAUUUUCUGAUCUUAAAUUUUGUGAGUGGAGUAGAACUUCCACUUGAGUUACUCAACAUCAAGUGGCUUAGAACAGUAAGUAGAAGCGAUAAUUUGGUGUACACACACACAUAAAGAUAGAUUAAAGCAGUUAAUGCUUCUUUAAAACUGGAUCAGGUUGUGAUGGCCAACAGCAGACAAGUUCAACAUGUAAUGUUACUGUUACAAAUGAUGCAUUGUUACCAGCUAUACUGAAAGCUCUGGGACCGUGAUAUGAAUAGCAUGUGAAUAAAAAGCAUUUCUGGCAUGAAUGUUAUUCAGCGGUAUAGUGUAGACUUUCAUGGUAUUGUCUUAAGCAAGCUAAACAGCUUAAUUACCAUCAUAUAAGGAAUGGACAUAGCAUAAUUCCUUAAAAAUUAGCUAGAUGUAGCUCUCAGAAGUAUUGCUAUAUACAGCUGUCUCUUUCACUCUUUCAAGGCUGAAGGCAGUGCAAAGAGGAAUACUGCCUUUUUUUUUUUUUUGUGGUAAGAGGAUUGAAAAUUUGUAGCAAUUUCCUUCAAAACUUCUGAAGAAGUUCAUACAAGGAAAUAAUUCUUAAAACUCCUUUGCUGCUGGUAAGCCAAGGAUUGCAACAGAGCACUGUUGGCUCUUUAUCAUCUGAGGAUCAUGACUUUGACCCAUCUGCUGAAAUGUUGGUACAUGAUUGUGAUGAUGAGCGAACUCUCGAGGAGGAGGAAAUGUUGGAAGAAAGGAAAAAUUUCAGCUCUGAAAUUGAAGAUUUAGAAAAGGAAGGGAGCAUGCCACUGGAAGAUUUACUGGCAUUCUAUGGCUAUGAACCCACAAUUCCAGUUAUGGCGGGUUCCAAUGCGGAUAGCUCUCCAAGUGAACUUGCAGAUGAACUUCCAGAUAUGACUCUAGAUAAAGAAGAAAUUGCUAAAGACCUCUUGUCGGGUGAUGAUGAAGAAACGCAGUCCUCUGCUGAUGACUUGACACCAUCAGUUACUUCGCAUGAGGCUACUGACUUCUUUCCUCGGCCAUUAAGAUCAAACACUACAUGUGAUGGAGAUAAGGAAUCAGAUGGUGAAGAUGUAGAGGCAGACAAUGGUAAUUCGUCUGAAGAUUUGAGAAAGGAAAUAAUGGUUGGUUCACAGUACCAGGCUGAAAUUCCACUUUACCUUGGCAGAUACAGCAAUAAUGAAAAGGCCUAUGAAAACGAAGACCAUUUACUUUGGAAACCUGAUGUAAUCUCAGAAAGUAAAGUUAAAGAAUACCUUUUUGAAACCUCCCUAAGAACAGGAAAUGAAAAAAUGAUUGGCAGAAUUCCUGAAGGGCUACAUACACGAGACAAUGAACAGGCGCUGUAUGAACUUCUGAAAAGUAGCCAUAAUGUUAAAGAAGCAAUUGAGAGAUACUGCUCAAAUGGAAAGGCUUCUCAUGAAGAAAUGACAGCAUGGACAGAAGAAGAAUGCAGAAGCUUUGAACAUGCACUUCUGAUUUAUGGAAAGGACUUUCAUCUCAUACAGAAAAACAAGGUAAGAACCAGAACAGUUGCUGAGUGUGUGGCUUUCUAUUACAUGUGGAAAAAGUCAGAGCGUUACGAUUACUUUGCUCAGCAAACAAGAUUUGGAAAGAAGAGGUACAACCAUCAUCCGGGAGUUACGGACUAUAUGGAUCGUUUGGUAGAUGAAGCAGAAGCCCUGGGUGGAGCAGUGCAUUCUUCAGCCUUAACAUCUAAUAGUCGAACAGAAACCAUUCCUGAUCAACAGCUAAGCAUUCUGAACUCUAUCACUGCCAAUGAGUUGACAGCAUUGACAAAUAGUGUAGCUACAGUCUGCCACACUUCAGACAUGAACUGCCUGGAUGAUGCCUUUCCUCCUAUGGACAGCUUAUCCCGAGCACCAGUUAAUCAUGUGCCUGUUGGAACAGAAGAAUUGCUUAAUUUGCCUAGCAAUGGUGAAAGUGAUUGUUUCAAUUUAUUUGAGACUGGAUUUUAUCAUUCAGAGCUAAACCAAAUGAACAUGUGUAGUGACGAGACAGAAAGACCUGCAAAGAGAUUGAAAAUGGGAAUCGCAGUCCCAGAAUCAUUUAUGAAUGAUGUCUCUGUAAAUAACCUUGGUGUGGACUUUGAGAACCACACACACCAUAUUACCAGUGCCAAAAUGGCUGUCUCGGUGGCUGACUUCAGCAGUCUAUCUGCAAAUGACACAAAUGGUUUUAUCAAUACCCACACUCUUCACCAACAUGCUGCCCUUCACUCAGAAUGACUGUGGGAACCCAAACAAACAGUGGGUACUAUAUGCAGUAGUAGUAAACUUGAUGUGAACAAUCAGGUUUGCUUAGUCUUUCACUGGAAGUUUGAACUUUAUGACAUCAGUGAUGUCUUUGUAUGUAUAGAACUAUAUCUUGAUUAUCAAGAGUAAUUUCUUUUUUCAGUCCAUAAAUGUGGAAAUGUCAUAGGAUGUUCGUCAGAGUUCGGGACUAAGAGAACUCUGCGGUGCAGCUUUAAGCUCUGCUUCAGUUUUUAUUUUAAAGCCUGUAGACGGAGGCCACCGUUUUGAAACCAGCACAGACGUUCCAAAUGGAUCGGAGUGGCUUUGUAGUCUGAGUUACUUUUGCCGUAACGGAUGCAGUGGAAUAACAAUGUUUACAGGUACCAAUCCUGAUCCCUGCCCAAUGUAGCAUUUAAAAUCUUUUUUUAAUUUUUAUUUUUUUACAAGCGCAGGGACGGGCUUCUUUAAUUUAAACUGCACAAACAUACAAGGAUGUUUUUUAAAUGGAAUCUUCUCUCAUGAUCCUAAACUAGAGCACUUCAGUUUACAAAACAGCAAGUUCAUCUUGGUGGAAACUAGCACAAGGGACUUGAAAUUAGCAAAGUGAAAAUAUCUACGCUUCGAUGAUGUUGCAAAAUUACAGGCCAUGGCUACCCUACCCACAAGUAAUGAUUUUGCCAUAGGUGUCUGUGUACUUUACACUUACUGGCUUAAACAGGUGCGGUUUAGGCUAUAUUGUGUUCAGAUGGGUUUUGUCCACAACUUUGAAGGGUGAUGUAAUCAUGUACCUUAACUUUCCUAAGGCAUCAGAUACUGUAUAAAGCUGCAGUCUGCACAGCUUAGGAUUUACCACUAAACAGUCUACAUGUGGAAAACAUCUUAAAUUGUUUGGAGUGCUGCAGUUCGAAGUGUUGACUGUUUUGACAGAUGGUCUAGAUCAUAUAGGAAUAGUAGAACCUUGAAGUAGGUAUUUGAAAGUUUUUCUUCAGCCUGUGUUGGCAUUUAUUUAUUUUGGCAAGCCCUUGGCUCAAAAAUGGCAGUUUGCUGCCGUGGUCAAAUAGGAAAGGAUAAAUGUUUCCUCUAAAAACAACUAUU